CAGAGCCGUGAGCGCCACCAGGGCAGCAGCCGCCGCCGCUGGGCUGAGAAGCCGAAGACGCGGGCUGACGAGGUGGCGGCGGCGGCGGAGCGGGAGCGGGGACCGGGCGCGGGCCGAGCGCGGCGGCGCGGGUGUAAUUCAGAGAGCAGUCUUCAAACCUUUGCCGUAUUGACUCUGAGUUGUCAGGGGACUCAGGCUUAUGAGGAGGUACUGUCACAUAAAACAGUGUCUGGUGAAGACAACAAGAAAGAGGGGAAAGGAUCGGAAAAAGAAGCUAAAACACUGUAGAAAACCAUGAGAUCUAUUAGAUCUUUUGCCAAUGAUGAUCGCCAUGUUAUGGUGAAACAUUCAACAAUCUAUCCAUCUCCAGAGGAACUUGAAGCUGUUCAGAAUAUGGUGUCUACUGUUGAAUGUGCUCUCAAACAUGUCUCAGAUUGGCUGGACGAAACAAACAAAGGCACAAAAACAGAGGGGGAGGCCGAAGUGAAGAAGGAUGAAGCCACAGACACCUGUGCCAAGGAUCAAGGUGGUCGGACAUUGUGUGGUGUAAUGAGAAUUGGCCUGGUUGCAAAAGGCUUGCUGAUUAAAGAUGAUAUGGACUUGGAGCUGGUUUUAAUGUGCAAAGACAAACCUACAGAGACCCUGUUAAAUACAGUCAAAGAUAAUCUUCCUAUUCAGAUUCAGAAACUCACAGAAGAGAAAUAUGAAGUGGAACAAUGUGUAGAUGAGGCAUCUAUUGUAAUUCGGAAUACAAAAGAGCCCACGCUAACUUUGAAGGUGAUACUUACUUCCCCUCUAAUUAGGGAUGAAUUGGAGAAAAAGGAUGGAGAAAAGGUUGCGAUGAAAGAUCCUCCAGACUUAUUGGACAGGCAGAAAUGCCUGAACGCCUUGGCGUCUCUUCGACAUGCCAAAUGGUUUCAGGCAAGGGCAAAUGGAUUAAAAUCGUGUGUCAUUGUCCUUCGCAUUCUGCGUGAUUUGUGCAACAGAGUCCCCACAUGGGCACCAUUAAAAGGAUGGCCACUAGAGCUUAUAUGUGAAAAGUCUAUAGGUACUUGUAAUAGACCUUUGGGCGCUGGGGAGGCCUUGAGACGAGUAAUGGAGUGUUUGGCAUCUGGAAUACUACUUCCUGGGGGUCCUGGUCUUCAUGAUCCUUGUGAGCGAGACCCAACAGAUGCUCUGAACUAUAUGACCAUCCAGCAAAAAGAAGAUAUUACCCAUAGUGCCCAGCAUGCACUAAGACUGUCAGCCUUUGGCCAGAUUUAUAAAGUGCUGGAAAUGGACCCCCUUCCAUCUAGUAAGCCUUUUCAAAAAUACUCCUGGUCAGUUACUGAUAAAGAAGGUGCUGGAUCUUCAGCUUUGAAGAGGCCAUUUGAAGAUGGAUUAGGAGAUGAUAAAGAUCCCAAUAAGAAGAUGAAACGGAACUUAAGGAAAAUUCUGGAUAGUAAAGCAAUAGAUCUUAUGAAUGCGCUAAUGAGGCUAAAUCAGAUCAGGCCUGGGCUUCAGUAUAAGCUCUUAUCUCAGUCUGGCCCUGUCCAUGCCCCAGUCUUCACAAUGUCUGUAGAUGUGGAUGGUACAACAUACGAAGCCUCAGGACCAUCCAAGAAAACAGCAAAGCUUCAUGUAGCAGUGAAGGUAUUGCAGGCAAUGGGAUACCCAACAGGGUUUGAUGCAGAUAUUGAAUGUAUGAGUUCCGAUGAAAAAUCAGAUAAUGAAAGCAAAAAUGAAACAGUGUCUUCAAACUCAAGCAAUAAUACUGGAAAUUCUACAACUGAAACCUCCAGUACCUUAGAGGUAAGAACUCAGGGCCCUAUCCUCACAGCAAGUGGCAAAAAUCCUGUAAUGGAGCUCAAUGAAAAAAGAAGAGGUCUGAAGUAUGAACUCAUCUCGGAGACUGGUGGAAGCCAUGACAAGCGCUUUGUGAUGGAGGUAGAAGUAGACGGACAGAAAUUCAGAGGUGCAGGUCCAAAUAAGAAAGUGGCAAAGGCGAGUGCAGCGUUAGCUGCCCUGGAGAAGCUGUUUUCUGGACCCAAUGCAGCAAAUAAUAAGAAAAAGAAGAUUAUCCCUCAGGCAAAGGGUAUUGUGAAUACGGCUGUGUCUGCAGCAGUCCAGGCGGUUCGGGGCCGAGGAAGAGGAACUCUAACGAGGGGAGCGUUCGUUGGGGCUGCAGCUGCUCCUGGCUACAUAGCUCCAGGCUAUGGAACACCAUAUGGCUACAGCACAGCUGCCCCUGCCUAUGGUUUACCCAAGAGAAUGGUUCUGUUACCCGUUAUGAAAUUCCCAACAUAUCCUGUUCCCCACUACUCAUUCUUUUAGCAAAUGACAGAAGCUAAUUCCUAUUGAACAACAAUACAGUACGAUACAGAAUGUUAGAAACAAAGCCUUUUUAUCCUGCUUUCUUCGAACACAUACUUGAUCAAAAUUAUUUGUAAAGAACAUCUUUCCUACUUUUUGAUUUUAACAAAUGCAAAUUUAGUUCUCUAAAACUUGAAAACAAACAAAAAAAGAAACUAGUUCUGUGAAACGGUACCUCAUUUCUGGAAAAUAACUUAUACCAGCCCUUCUGUUGUAGGGAAAUAAGUCUAGCAGUUCAAAGUUUAAGAGGAGUAUCAGAUUAUGUAAAAUUAAAUUUGUGAAGGAUGUAUAGUCUCAAACACUGAUCACAAAUAAACUGCUUUGUUGUACCCCAGAGUACUGCCUGGUUCCUGACAUAGCCACUGAUUCUAGCUGAUUGACAUGUAUCUGCCCCAGGGCACUUUAAGUUGGGCUGUAGUAAUUUUUUAAAUACAAUAGACUUUUCAUUUUACUUUGUAAAUAUUGAAGUGUGUAAUUAAAGCCAAUAAAAUAUGGG